GUCUGCUGCUGCUGCCGGAGGACGAGCCCACGCUUCCAUUCUCUGCCUUCCCUCCAUCGCUUCCUCUCGCUCGCCCUUCCUCCGUCUUCCUGCUGCUGCCGUUCUUGGAGCGGGUGUGAUCAGAGCUGUGUGUGUGACACGGAUGAUUGGAUGGAGCGCGGGCGUGAUGCUGCCAGCACCGUGGACACGCUGCAUCUGCUGAGCCAGCGAUUCCUGCUGGAACACUGAGACCACGUCUGCCUGCUCGGCCGCGCGGCGGUGGAUACAGGGAGCGAGAGACAGGGGUUAUUUUUCUGUUUGGAAACUGGCUUUAGCUUCUUGAAAGCUGAGGGUCAUUGUGUUGGAACUUCAUCCUGUUGCGAGAAACGUGAGCUCUGCCGUGGACUCGCUCUCUGGUUUCCUCCUUGGGCUGGAAACGGUUGAACUGCCGUCUCUGUCCGAUGCCUCUGAGGACGUCUGCCUUGUAACUCCUCAUGGCGCUUCAGAGCGCCAGCAGCAGCAGCAGCCUGCCCGGCCCGCUCUCCCCAGCCUCAGACUUUGCGGGGCCCUUGUCUCCGUCGUCAGGUGGCCCCGGCCCUUCUCAGGCCGCCAGUCCGGGCCUCAGCCCAGUGAGGGGUCCCAGCCCGGGCCCCGGGUUCUCGGGCCAGUCUGCCUUCAACUACAACCAGCUGGAGGGCAGGUUUAAGCAGCUCCAAGAUGAGCGUGAGGCAGUGCAGAAGAAGACCUUCACCAAGUGGGUCAACUCCCACCUGUCCAGAGUUUCCUGUCGCAUCACGGACCUCUACAUGGACCUGAGGGACGGACGGAUGCUCAUCAAGCUGCUGGAGGUGCUGUCAGGAGAGAGACUGCCCAAACCCACUAAGGGUCGCAUGCGGAUCCACUGUCUGGAGAACGUGGACAAGGCUCUGCAGUUCCUGAAGGAGCAGAGGGUUCACCUGGAGAACAUGGGCUCCCACGACAUCGUAGACGGAAACCACCGCCUCACGCUGGGCCUCAUCUGGACCAUCAUCCUCCGCUUCCAGAUCCAGGACAUCAGCGUGGAGACGGAGGACAACAAGGAGAAGAAAUCAGCUAAAGAUGCUCUGCUGCUCUGGUGCCAGAUGAAAACUGCAGGAUAUCCAAACGUCAACAUCCACAACUUCACCACCAGCUGGAGAGACGGCAUGGCCUUUAAUGCUCUCAUCCACAAACACAGGCCAGAUCUGAUUGACUUCGACAAGCUGAAGAAGUCAAAUGCUCACUACAAUCUGCAGAACGCCUUCAACCUGGCCGAGCAGCACCUGGGCCUCACCAAGCUGCUGGACCCCGAAGACAUCAGUGUGGACCACCCUGAUGAGAAGUCCAUCAUCACCUACGUGGUGACCUACUACCACUACUUCUCCAAGAUGAAAGCGCUGAAGGUGGAGGGCAAGAGAAUCGGCAAGGUUCUGGACAACGCCAUCGAGACAGAGAAGAUGAUCGAGAAGUAUGAGUCUCUGGCGUCUGACCUGCUGGAGUGGAUUGAACAGACCAUCAUCAUCCUCAACAACAGGAAGUUUGCCAACUCGCUGGUGGGAGUCCAGCAGCAGCUGCAGGCCUUCAACACCUACCGCACAGUGGAGAAGCCGCCCAAGUUCACAGAGAAGGGAAACCUGGAGGUUCUUCUGUUCACCAUUCAGAGCAAGAUGAGAGCCAACAAUCAGAAGGUUUACACUCCCCGCGAGGGCAAACUCAUCUCUGACAUCAACAAGGCCUGGGAGCGUCUGGAGAAGGCGGAGCACGAGCGGGAGCUGGCUCUGAGGACGGAGCUGAUUCGCCAGGAGAAGCUGGAGCAGCUCGCCCGACGCUUCGACCGCAAGGCGGCCAUGAGGGAAACGUGGCUGAGUGAGAACCAGAGGCUGGUCUCACAGGAUAACUUUGGCUUUGACCUCCAGGCUGUAGAAGCUGCUACUAAGAAACACGAAGCCAUAGAAACAGACAUUGCUGCCUACGAGGAGCGGGUUCAGGCGGUUGUUGCCGUGGCGAAGGAGCUGGAGGCAGAGAGUUACCAUGACAUCAAACGCAUCACGGCCAGGAAGGACAAUGUGAUCCGGCUGUGGGAGUACCUGCUGGAGCUGCUGAAGGCCCGCAGGCACCGACUGGAACAGAACCUUGGGCUGCAGAGAGUCUUCCAGGAGAUGCUCUACAUCAUGGACUGGAUGGAUGAGAUGAAGAUGCUGCUGCUCUCUCAGGAUUAUGGAAAACACCUUCUGGGUGUGGAGGACCUGCUGCAGAAACACGCUCUGGUGGAAGCAGACAUCGGCAUCCAGGCUGACCGGGUCCGAAACGUCAACAGCAACGCUCAGAGGUUCGCCAACGACACUGACGGGUAUAAACCCUGUGACCCUCAGAUCAUCAGAGACCGGGUCGCUCAUCUGCAGUUCUGCUACCAGGAGCUGAGCCAGCUGGCAACCGAGAGGCGAGCUCGUCUCGAGGAGUCCCGCCGCCUUUGGAAGUUCUUCUGGGAGAUGGCAGAAGAGGAGGGUUGGAUCAGGGAGAAGGAGCAGAUCCUGUCCUCAGAGGAUUAUGGGAAGGACCUGACAGGAGCCGUACGACUGCUCAGUCAACACAAAGCCUUCGAGGACGAGAUGAGCGGGCGAGCGGCGCACCUGCAGCAGACCAUCAAACAGGGCGAGGAGCUGGUGGCCAACAACCACUUUGGAUCUGACAAAAUUAAGGAGCGCAUCCAGGACAUCCAGCAGGAGCAGUGGGCGGCUCUGGAGCGUCUGUCCGCCGUGCGCAAAGCUCGUCUGCAGGAGGCCUGCAACCAGCACCAGUUCCAGGCUGAUGCUGACGACAUCGACACCUGGAUGCUGGACGUGCUGCGGAUCGUCUCCAGCGUCGACGUCGGCCACGACGAGUUCUCCACUCAGGCUCUGGUGAAGAAACACAAAGACGUGGCCGAGGAGAUCACCAGCUACCGACCCGUCAUCGACGCUCUGGACGAGCAGUCGCACACGCUGCCGCCUGAGAAGGCGAACUCUGAGGAGGUCCAGAGCCGGCUGGCAGGCAUCGAGGAGCGCUACAAGGAAGUGGCCGAGCUGACUCGGCUCAGGAAACAGGCGCUGCAGGACGCGCUGGCGCUCUACAAGAUGCUGAGUGAAGCAGACGCCUGCGAGGUGUGGAUCGAUGAGAAGGAGCAGUGGCUCAACAGCAUGGAGAUCCCUGAGAAGCUGGAGGACCUGGAGGUGGUGCAGCACCGGUUUGAGAGUUUGGAGCCGGAGAUGAACAACCAGGCGUCCCGCGUUGCCGUGGUGAACCAGGUUGCAAGGCAACUCAUCCACAGUGGACAUCCCAGCGAAAAGGAAAUCAAAGGCCAGCAAGACAAACUCAACACCAGGUGGAGUCAGUUCAGAGACCUGGUGGACCAGAAGAAGGACAGUCUGAAUUCAGCCCUGGGGGUCCAGAACUACCACCUAGAGUGUAACGAGACCAAGUCCUGGAUCAAAGAGAAGACUAAGGUGAUCGAGUCGACCCAGGAGCUCGGCAACGACCUGGCCGGUGUCAUGGCUCUGCAGAGGAAGCUGACCGGGAUGGAGCGAGACCUGGUUGCGAUUGAAGACAAGCUGGGAGACCUGGGCAAAGAGGCCGACCGCCUGGCCUCCGAGCACCCGGAGCAGUCGGAGGCCAUCAGAGGACGCCUGGCUGAGAUCACCGGCGUCUGGGAGGAGAUGAAGGACACCCUGAAGAACCGGGAGGAGUCCCUGGGCGAGGCCAGCAAGCUGCAGCAGUUCCUGCGGGACCUGGACGAUUUCCAGUCGUGGCUGUCGCGGACGCAGACGGUCAUCGCCUCCGAGGACAUGCCCAACACGCUGGCCGAGGCCGAGAAGCUGCUGGCCCAACACGAGGGCAUCAAGAACGAGAUCCGCAACUACGAGGAGGACUACCAGAGGAUGCGGGACAUGGGGGAGAUGGUGACGCAGGGCCAGACCGACGCCCAGUACAUGUUCCUGCGACAGCGGCUGCAGGCGCUCGACACCGGCUGGAAUGAGCUGCACAAGAUGUGGGAGAACCGUCAGAACCUGCUGUCCCAGUCCCACGCCUACCAGCUGUUCCUCAGGGACACCAAGCAGGCCGAGGCCUUCCUCAACAACCAGGAGUACGUCCUGGCUCACACGGAGAUGCCCACCACGCUGGAGGGCGCCGAGGCCGCCAUCAAGAAGCAGGAGGACUUCAUGACCACCAUGGACGCCAACGAGGAGAAGAUCAGCUGCGUGGUCGACACGGGCCGGCGUCUGGUAACCGACGGCAACGUCAACGCCGAGCGCAUCGAGGAAAAGGUGGACUCCAUCGACCAGAGACACAAGAAGAACCGAGCAGCAGCCAGCGACCUGCUGUCGAGGCUGAAGGACAACAGAGACCUGCAGAAGUUCCUGCAGGACUGUCAGGAGCUUUCCCUGUGGAUCAACGAGAAGAUGCUGACGGCGCAGGACAUGUCGUACGACGAGGCCAGGAACCUCCACAGCAAGUGGCUCAAACACCAGGCCUUCAUGGCCGAGCUGCAGUCCAACAAGGAAUGGCUGGACAAGAUCAACAAGGACGGGCAGACGCUGAUGGCGGAGAAACCGGAGACGGAGGCCAUGGUUAAAGACAAGCUGGGGUCCCUGACCGCCAUGUGGGAGGAGCUGGAGUCCACCACCCAGACCAAGGCCAAGUGUCUGUUCGACGCCAACAAGGCCGAACUGUUCACGCAGAGCUGCGCCGACCUGGACAAGUGGAUGGGCAGCCUGGACGGACAGCUGCAGUCGGACGACUACGGCAAAGACCUGACCUCCGUCAACAUCCUGCUCAAGAAACAGCAGAUCCUGGAGAGCCAGGUGGAGGUGCGACAGAAGGAGGUGGAGGAGCUGCAGAGCCAGUCGCAGGCGCUCAGUCAGGAGGGGAAAGGCUCCGAGGAGGUGGACGGUCAGAGGAUCAGCGUGGAGAAGAAGUUUCAGUCCCUGCAGGCACCACUGAAGAAGAGACGGGACAACCUCAUGGCCUCCCGUGAGAUCCACCAGUUCAACAGGGACGUGGAGGACGAGAUCCUGUGGGUUGAGGAGCGGAUGCCUCUGGCCUCGUCCACCGACCACGGACACAACCUGCAGACGGUGCAGCUGCUCAUCAAGAAGAACCAGACUUUACAGAGGGAGGUCCAAGGCCACCAGCCUCGAUACGACGACAUCUUUGAGCGCAGCCAGCACGUCCUGAGGGAGGACAGCCCGACGGCGGCACUGAUCCGCCAGCGGCUCGCUGAACUCCAGUCGCUGUGGGGGCAGAUCCAGAAGGAGACGGAGAAGCGGCAUUCGCGCCUCAGCGAGGCCCACGAGGCCCAGCGGUACUACUUCGAUGCCGCCGAGGCCGAGGCCUGGAUGAGCGAACAGGAGCUCUACAUGAUGUCAGAGGAGAAGGCCAAGGACGAGCAGAGUUCGGUAGCGAUGCUGAAGAAGCAUCAGAUCCUGGAGCAGGCGGUGGAGGACUACGCUGACACCGUCCACCAGCUGUCCAGCACCAGCCGGGGCCUGGUGGCGGCCGGGCAUCCUGACAGCGAGCGCAUCGGGAUGCGUCAGUCUCAGGUGGACAAGCUGUACGCCGGCCUGAAGGAUCUGUCGGAGGAGCGACGCGGGAAACUGGACGAGCGUUUCCGUCUGUUCCAACUGAACCGAGAGGUGGACGACCUGGAGCAGUGGAUCGCUGAGCGGGAGGUGGUGGCCGGGUCACACGAGCUGGGACAGGACUACGAGCACGUCACUAUGCUGCAGGAGCGCUUCAGAGAAUUCGCCCGUGACACUGGGAACAUCGGGCAGGAGCGCGUGGACGCCGUCAACCGCAUGGCGGACGAACUGAUCAACUCGGGCCACAGCGACGCCGCCACCAUUGCGGAGUGGAAGGACGGCCUGAACGAGGCCUGGGCCGACCUGCUGGAGCUCAUCGACACCCGCACGCAGAUCCUCGCCGCCUCCUACGAGCUCCACAAGUUCUACCACGAUGCCAAGGAGGUGCUGAACCGCAUCCUGGACAAACACAAGAAGCUCCCAGAGGAGCUGGGCCGGGACCAGAACACGGUGGAGACUCUGCAGAGGAUGCACACCACCUUUGAACAUGACAUCCAGGCCCUGGGAACGCAGGUGCGGCAGCUGCAGGAGGACGCUGUCCGUCUGCAGUCGGCUUAUGCUGGAGACAAAGCUGACGACAUCCAGAAGAGGGAGGGAGAGGUGCUAGAAGCCUGGAAGAACCUCCUGGAGGCGGCGGAGGGUCGGAGAGUGAAGCUGGUGGACACAGGAGACAAGUUUCGCUUCUUCAGCAUGGUGCGCGACCUGAUGCUGUGGAUGGAGGACGUCAUCCGCCUAAUCGAGGCCCAGGAAAAGCCCAGAGACGUGUCGUCGGUGGAGCUGCUGAUGAACAACCACCAGGGCAUCAAGGCGGAGAUCGACGCCCGCAACGACAGCUUCACGGCCUGCAUCGAGCUGGGGAAGGCGCUGCUGGCCCGGAAGCACUACGCUUCAGAGGAGAUUAAAGAAAAGUUGUUGCAGUUGACGGACAAGAGGAAAGACAUGAUUGACAAGUGGGAGGACAGAUGGGAGUGGCUUAGACUGGUCCUGGAGGUGCACCAGUUCUCCCGGGACGCCGGCGUGGCCGAGGCCUGGCUCCUGGGCCAGGAACCGUACCUGUCCAGCAGGGAGAUCGGUCAGAGUGUGGACGAGGUGGAGAAACUCAUCAAACGCCACGAGGCCUUCGAGAAGUCGGCCGCCACCUGGGAGGAGCGCUUCUCUGCGCUGGAGAGGUUGACCACGAUGGAGUUACUGGAAGUGAGAAGAAGGCAGGAGGAGGAGGAGAGGAGGAGGCAGCCCGAGGCGGCGGCGGCCGUCGCUGAGCAGAGAGCGGGGGAGCCGGUGUCUCAGAACGGGCUGCCGUCCGAGCAGGAGUCGCCCAGGGAUAACGCUGAAGCGGCCGAGGUGGUGAACGGCGUGUCGGAGCCCAGCCCCGCGGGAUCCCCAGGGGCGGCGCGGAAGGGCAAGGCCAGCCAGGCGGCCACUCUGCCGGCCAAGAGCCAGCAGGACGCGCCCACGUCCCAGCUGGAGGGCGUCCUGCACCGCAAGCACGAGUGGGAGGGCCACAACAAGAAGGCCUCCAGCAGGUCGUGGCACAACGUGUACUGCGUGAUCAACCAGCAGGAGAUGGGUUUCUACAAGGACCAGAAGAGCGCCAGCCAGGGCAUCCCCUACCACAGCGAGAUCCCCGUCAGCCUGAAGGACGCCGUCUGCGAGGUGGCGCUGGACUACAAGAAGAAGAAACACGUGUUCAAGCUCAAGGUCACGGACGGGAACGAGUAUCUGUUCCAGGCCAAAGACGACGAGGAGAUGAACGCGUGGAUCUCGGCCAUCACGGCGGCCGUGUCGGCCGAUAAGAGUCAGGUGACGCCCAGCGGCCACAGCACCCCGGCCCCCGCCGCACGCGCCCAGACGCUGCCGGCCUCCGUGGCCACGGCCGCCGAGUCGAGCCCAGGCAAGCGAGAGAAGGACAAGGAGAAGCGCUUCAGUCUGUUCAGCAAGAAGAAGUAGACCCCACCCCCCACCCCACCCCCCGCGCUGUUUGAGGUUACUCCUCGUUAACAUCGAACUUUGGUCAAAUCAGUUUUUGAAAAAUUAAUUGACUUAGAGUCAACUCGUAGCAACUGAUGCUGUUCACAUUAAAACUAGAAUUGAUAAAUUUAUUGAAAGUGAAUCAGAACAUGAGUGAACUUCUAUUAAUGAUCUCCCAUCCAACAUCAGCAGUUGCUGAGAAUCAAAUCUCAAACAGCCGUCUCUCCCUUCCUCCUCCUCCUUCCUCCUCCUCUUCCUCUCCAAGCGUGACUCAGCAUGCCAGCUCCGAGCCAAAACUCUCCACUCUGUGCCUAUCAACCGUCCGGUCUGGCUCAGAGCUCCAGUACAACGCGCCACCGUGUCCCCUGCUGGGAGCAGGAAAACCAGAGAGGGCUUGGAACCGUUUCCGGCAGCUGCAGUCAUCACCAUAAACCCGCUGCCGCUGAACAACACGACGUGGAGGAGUCCCGCCGUCGUCCGCUCUUCUUUUCUCCUCUGCCUCGUCAUCAUUCGCCUUUCGUGGGUUGUGUUUACUUCCCAGCCUUUUGUUCUUUUGGUCCAACCUCUGCUUUUGCGAGGCCUUGUGUUUGCAAGAUGACGUGUAUCCCUCUGUAGUGGGGAAAUCUGAGGCCACGCAGGUCAACGUCUCGGGUUACUUACACCGCUCGCAUGUCGCACAAAUAUCCAGAGCUGUGUUUAAGACCUUAAACAGCAGCCUCUGCGCUGGAUCAUAAUACAUUUCCAUGAGCCAGAGACGUGAACAAGACUAACGUCAGAUGUAGGAGCUGGAGCGGCUGUGACUCGAAGCGUUGCCCUGCAGUGUGUGACUGUAUGUAAAACUUGUGUAUAACAAACUGUUUUAAGAUAAAAAACCUGUGCUUAGUUCCUCCUCUUAUUAAUAUUUUGACUCCUACUACUAAUGACACCUCCGACCGUAAUAAGCUUAAAAACCUUUACCCAGAUGUGAAUCGAGGCCCAGCUCGGAAAUCAGACCAGUGAGAAUGUUAAAGCAUCAACCACGGUUUCUUUCCUGUUCUUUGCUUCUGAACAUUUAUUUGCUGUACUUCUGUUUUGUUUCCCCUCACACCUUUUUGUACUAUGUUCUGAGUUGAGCUAAUGUAUGUCCAAGGUUUAUUUAGUCUGACAAGUAUGGAGACGUCGAUGUGCUAUGAAGAUAAAUAACUUUAAGCCUUGCUUUAAGAUGUUGACUUGGUGGAAACCCACUUACUGGAAAUGAGCCGUGUUGCAGAAUAGCGCUCGCUUGCUUGUUGGCUUCAGCUUCAUUUUAGGGUUUCAGAGCUGUCGCAGCCAGUGAAGCCACGUUGAACCUGCUCAGCUCCAAGGUCUUUAGUGACGACGUCAGCACAAAGUGGCUCCGGUUUCCCAGCGAUGGCGCUCAUCAGCAUCGUUGCUGUUGGAGAGACGGGAUUCCACCGGAUGCAAACACUCUCAUUCCUAAAAAUAAGCUCAUCACUGAAAAGCUGACAGAAAACUGAGCCUGGAUCAGCUUCAGUUUAAAGAGAUGUUUUCCACAUUUGCAGUUUGUCCUUAAUGAGCUUCUGUACAGAGCAGGACAAGUGGAACAAACCAGUAGCAAUGAGCCCAAAGGUGGGUGUGUUUGUUUUAGCCACCAGCUGGCGGAGGCUGGUUCAGGCUUAAGUGGUGCAACACUCUGUGAUUUGCUCUGAAAUUGUUUCUUUUUAAAAAAAUUUCUUUUUUUUGCUAACAUCUCUGGUGAUUUGAACUAUAGUGUACAUUCCUCUGUCACUGUAACCAUAGUAACAAGGUAUUUCUUCAUAUUGCACAAUCAAAAAUGCCACGAUGGGGGUGGGUUGGGCGGGUUUGGGUUUGUAGGUCAUGUAACGUGGACCAGGGGUCACUGCUAGUUGGUUCUGCACCUGUAGACUUCUCCCCAUCUCUGUUACAUAUGUGCAAAAAGCCAUUAAAAUGCUUUUAAAAUGA